AUGCCUGACACACGAAACCCAGCCAAACUGACGCCAUCGCCAGCCCACCCUCAGCGCACCCACCACUGCGUGAAGAGCCAAGCCUCAUGCGGGGCACAUGUUCAAAGCGAUGCUAUGCGCAAAGCGGCCAACCAACAUCCAACCACGUUGCUGUCAAAACUAGUCACUCAACUGCGCGAUAAAUCGAGUCUAUUUGCUCCAAUAACAUGGCCUCGUCUCCAACUCCCACUCCUCGCGCUCUCUCCACUCUGUCCUGUACGCCGUGACCGAGACUCGAGAGCUCCGUACAUCCCGUCUCCACCGACAAAACAGGGCUUGAGUGCCAGGAAAGUGCCGCAUUGCCAGGGAUCCGCGUCCGGCAGUAUGUUUCGGGAUGAGAAGCGACGGUAUGAUGGGCACUACGAGACAACACCGCCUCAGGCAUGCGUGGCACUCCGGCCUUCUCACGUGUCCAUUCGCUGUUUUGAGGCCGAAGUGGCCGAGACCAUUCCAGCAACAGGCUUGAAAACCACCACUUACCCCACCUCCACCUUCCGAGGCUGGCCUCAUGACAUACCGGCGCCAUUUGCAAAAAAGUUCUCAUAUACAUCAGACAACCGAACCCACCCAGUCAAUAUGUGUCUUCUCUUUUCUUCAGGAUCGCCGUCCUUGAAAGUACAAUACAUGAACAGAAUCCGCAAUGGCCAAAUCACCACUCCCACGGACCGCCACCAAAUAUGA